UACUUACCCAACACUGCUUCAAGCCGAAGAAAUCAAGUAUUACAGUUUCCAGUCAGCAUGACAGUCCAAAAAGGAUUUAAACAAUUAUAACUCUUCAAUUAAGUCGUACAUAGAACCGAAAUCAUGAUGAUUAACAAAGUAUUAAAAAUAAAAGAAUUAAUUCGUGAAAUCCCUAAGGGUGGACCCUUAGGUAGAUACAGAAAUCGAGCAUCUUUUGAUUGGAAAACAUUAAAAUUAGGCCUCUAUGGCUCUGAUUAUUUGGAAUAUGAGAAUAAAAUUUUCAAUUUUGUGAGGAACUCACCAUCUUUUCAAAAACCAAUUAAAAAACCAACACUCGAUGAGUACAGGAGACGAUGCGUCAAUCAAAUCAAUGAUUUAUUCAAACAUGAUCUUAUUGAACCAUUCGGAUACUUCUUAAAUGCUUUCGUGGCAAUCGAUCCUUCGUUACCAGUUCUCAUGGGUAUACGCUUUGGUAUGGUUCCAAGCACUGUUUUUACGCUUUCCUCAGGAUCCGAUAGGCAUAUGGAUUUCUUAUCAAAAUUUCGAGACGGGCAUUUUAUCGGUUGCUUUGCAUUAACGGAAGUUUCUCAUGGUACAAAUGCCAGAGGGAUGAGAACAACAGCAACUUACAAUUGUGACUCCGAAAGCUUUGUGCUGAAUUCACCAGAUUUUGAAAGUUCCAAGUUUUGGGUUGGUGGGUUGGGUAAACAAGCAACCCAUGCUAUCGUAUUCGCACAAUUAAUUACUCCAGAUAAAAAAUGUCAUGGACUUCAUCUAUUUAUUGUGCCUAUCCGUGAUCCAGAAACAAUGCUUCCGUUUCAAAAUUUGACUUGUGGUGACUUAGGUGAGAAAGUUGGUCUUAAUGGUGUUGAUAAUGGCUUUGUCAUGUUCCAUAAUUAUGAAAUACCAAAAGAAAAUUUACUCAAUAAAAUGGGUGAUGUUUCAAAAGAUGGACAGUACAUUUCGCCUUUUAAAGAUAACAAAAAACGCUUUGGAGCUUCACUGGGCGCUCUUUCCAUGGGGCGUGUAACCAUAACAAAUAUUUCAGCUAAAAAUUGUUCACUCGCAAUAGUAAUUGCAGUACGUUAUUGUUCAGUACGUUGUCAAUUUGGUCUGCCUGAAACACCAGAGUGGCCAGUUAUUGAAUAUCAGGCUUUGUAUAGUCGUCUUAUGCCUUGGCUUGCCGUCGCUUAUGCCAUCAAUAUAUUCUCAAUAAAAUUUCUACGAAAAGCUCAAGAAUUUCAAAUGAAAAUGUUAAAUCCUAUUAUAAAAAAUGAAUUAGCAAGUGAAGGCCUUGAGAUCCAUGCACUUUCAUCAGCCACAAAACCUUUUUGCUCUUGGAUCGUAAGAGAUGCAAUCGCAGAUUGCAGAGAGGUAACAGGAGGAAUGGGUUACUUACAUGCAGCUCGGUUAGGUGAUAUUCGAGCUGAUCACGAUGCAAAUUGUACAUAUGAAGGUGAAAACAACGUUUUAAUUCAACAAGCAUCAAAUUGGUUAUUAUCUCUCUAUCCCUACUUUAAAAACGGAACCCCACUUACUUCAUUCGAUUCCAUUGGAUUUCUGUCUAAAGGACUUCAAAUUCUUGAAGAAAAAUAUAUCUGUGAAAGUCACAAUGAGACUUUGCAGCCUGAAAACCUGAUCAAAGCUUAUCAAUGGCUAGUUUGUUAUCAUUUUAAUGAAACUCAAAAAAAAGUUGGUUCAUUGAAAGCUGAAGGGCAUAAUUCAUUUGUCAUCAGGAAUGAAUCUCAAACAUUUUUUGCAAAAUCUUUAUCGUUGGCCUACGCAGAACAUGCUGUUUUUAAGAGUUUUGUUGACGCCUUGAAUGAUGAUUGUUGGGGUGAAAAAGAAAAAUGUGUACUUAAAAAAUUAUGCUCUUUAUAUGGAUGCUGGUCACUUGAAAAAUGGAUUGGAGACUUUUAUGCUGGCGGAUAUGCAAGUGUUGAAUCAAAUAUGAGUAACAAUUUAAGAGAAAGUAUUUUAAAAAUUUCAAAAGAAAUGGUAGGCGAAGCUGUAGCACUUGUUGAUGUCAUGGCACCACCAGAUUUUGUUUUAAAUUCUGUCUUAGGCAUGGAGGAUGGGGAUGUCUAUAAACAUUUAGAAAAAUUAGUCAAACUUCGUCCAGAGAAUUUCGAAAGACCUUACUGGUGGCAAGAAAUUCGUCAAUCAAAAUUAUGAAAAAUAGAAUAGCUUUAUUUUUCAAAGCAUACAAUAUAAAAAAUUUUUUUUACAGUAAAAGUUGUUAAAAAUUAUUUUUAUACAUUUUGUUACAACAGCGCAGUCUAGGUGAUAGGUCAAUUUAUUUUUUAAUAUUAUUUACUUGGUGAUUUUAAUGUUCUAUGGUUGAAUUCAUUGUUCAUGUUAAAACUUAGAAAUAUAUUUUAUUUAAUUGAAUUUUUUUUUUUUGUAUCUUCAUUCAAUGAUAAUUUUUUUUAUUAUAAAUCACUACGUAAAAAAGGUAUGUCUUCUAGCACGCUGUCUGCUUCUGCAAACCACUCUUCAUACAUUUUAAUUGGGUCUAUCAUCCAAAAUUUAUGAAAAGAUACUGGUUCUUGUGAUGCAAGAUAUGCUAAAGCAUAAUCUGAUGGUCGAGCCUUAAAAUGAA